UACCAUUUUACAAGUACUCUUUAUCAAGGAAAGAAAUCAUGAAGACUCUUUUCUCACUCUUUUGUCUGGUUACUUACCUGACCUGUGCUCUGAGUGCUAAUGGCUGGCCAAUCUCUAUUGACAUGGCAUGUAAUAAAGCUCUUUCUGCUGUUGCUUGCUCAUUUGAGUUUACCAACAAUGCUAAUGAGGAUCUUUAUCUACUGAAACGCAACACUCCUCUUGAAGGACUCGACUCUGAAUUUGUCUCCGUUUCUCUUGAUGGUCGUCCACUGGAUUAUGAAGGAUUUUAUAUGUAUCAUCUCCCACCAGCAAAGGAUGAGUUUGUUCUCUUGAAGGCAGGUGAAAGUAUUUCUGCAACAGUCCAAAUCACUGAUGUAUUUAGCAUUGAUACUGAUGGUCUCUACACUGUACAAUACAGUAGACCUUUACAGUAUCUGUCAGUGAAUGAGAUGAGUGCAAUGUCCAUUGAUGACCUCAAAGAGUUAGCUGUACGUGAAUCCAUUCACAUUCAUUUGGAAAACACUCAUCUUCUUUUGAAGCCGAAGAAAGAAGAAAUAAAACCCGAUUACACUGUGCACCUUCAGGACUGUGGCACUGUUAGUUUUGCCAACGGAGAUAGAAAAAAUAGCGAGACACUGGAAGCUCAUAAAAGGCUCUGCCCUAGAUUCGAUAAAUUGUUAAAGAGAAACAAUCUUAACUCAGACUUUCAGAAAUGGUUUGGUGCAAUCUCUUGCUCACGUGCUGGUAUUGUGCAAGACACCUACAAGAGCAUCAGAAGUGGACUGUCAAAAUAUUCUCUCACAUAUUUCAACAGGGAAUGGUGCAAGAGCUAUGUUGUUGCAUUUACUGUCCUGUCUUAUUCCUACUCAACAGUUUAUCUCUGUGAGCCAUUCUUCAAUCUGGAGUUAUACUGUGUUAGCACUACUGGUAUUAGCAAAGAAGAUGUGUUAGUGCACGAAUGGUCUCAUGCUCUUGGCCGCCGUAGGGAUAGAGUUUAUGGUCGUAAAAAUUGUGAGGCAUUAGCAAAGAGUAAUCCUGAUAAAGCUGUUGAGAAUGCUGACACUUAUGCAUAUUAUUACUGUGACACCAAAUGAGGUAUUCAUUAAAAGGCCAAGAUACUAAGAAAUUUAGGACUCAUGCAACACUAUAGGACAUCACAGUUUAUUUUUCCUUAAU